AUGAGCGAUGUGGCAUCACUCAUCGCGGCUUCUCCGUCAGUACGAGUUUGCUUCCGAGCAAACCAAGAUAAGCUCCUUCGAUAUCGCAUUUCCUAUAUCCGAGAAAUAUUCUAUAAUGAUGAGCUUAUCCCUUUGGCUUUGAUGGUUGCGAGGAUGCGACGUCGCUUGAAAAGGCGCUAUGACAUGUAUCAACUUGUGGGACUCCUGGAACACUUUGUUCGUGGGGGCAGGUCUAAACUGUUUCAGCGGAAGUUUGACCACUGGCAAGAGAACCUCAUACAGAUCCAAGAUCUCGUCAAAAUCUGCACAGAGAUUCAAGAGCUUUCUCCAAGGGCAUGCUACAACUCAUCAGCAGCAUAUGCAAAGCCCCUUCUAUCCAAGCUGUGGCACCACAGAUUCGUGGAAACCUAUCUGCGUGAAGAGAUCAGUACCGCUAUGAAAUACUAUGGUAGCAGACUCAUGUUUCCGCCCAGAAAUAAUCUCAGCCCUGAACUAUAUGUGUUCUUGUUCACGCGUAACUAUGUGGGAAGCAGGCUGCCUGAUAAACAUACUGCUGAUAUAGUAGACACACAUGUCUCUAUUGGUCGGCUUGGUGCUAGAAGCUUCGGAGAGAUGAUUUCUAUUGCUGGCGACCCCUUGAAAAGCCAGGGGAUUUCGAAAAGAAGGAAGGCUGAGAUACAAAGUUGGAGAGAUAUGCGAAAAAAAACCUGGAAGGAGGAGGAUAAGAAGGUUCAGAAUGGGCAAAUGGUGGUUCAAAACGGCUUUGCACGGCCCCUGCGAGCCGAUGAAUUUGUUCAAACCUGA